AUGACCGAAAGAGAUCAACAUGGAGGUUCUUCAUCGAGAAGACGAAGAUCUCUGUACCAUAAUCUAGGAGGAGGACAUUUGUUUGUGGGUCUGGAGACGAUACCAAUGCUGUAUGAGCUAUACGAAGAAGAGCUGAACUAUGCAGCAAGUAGAAGUGGUAUGAAAAUGAGGAAGCUCUUUGACAACUUCAACUCUAAAGUCAUUAACAAGAUCCCUAAAGCUAAUGACAAAACUAAGAGGCGUAUGUAA